AUGAAGAGGGGUCAUGUGGCCAGGAAGGAGCAGCUCAAGCGUCGAGUGCGUGGGCGUGUUCGGGAGCACACCGAGGUCAUCAAUGACGCGCAGCGUAGCAUAAAGGACAUCGAAGAUGCCAUCACCCAGGUGGAAGGUUGCCAAACGCGGUUGGUCCACAUGCGCUAUGCAAGGUUCGCCGAUCUGAAAGUUUGUGAGAAGCGACUUCAGCUCCGAGAGCGACGGCCGCCGCUUGAGAACUUCCGGGAUGCUGUCGAGGAGGCGCUCGGUCGGGAGCGAGGUGUGCUGGAGCGCUCACGCCAGGAUCUCCUUUCGCUGGAAGCGGAAGCCCAGCAGUUUCUAACAGACCUGCAGGCGAUGCGAGCCGAGCUUUCGCGCGACACGGGAGCUCGCAGGCUUCAGGUGGAGAGCGAAUUGGCGCAGAUGCGAAUGGCAACUGGAGCCAGUGUAUCCUUGCCGGAGGUGGACAAGAAGAACACUCAGCCCCAUCAGGCGAUUAAGCUCCUCUCCGAAGAAGAGGCCAAGUCUUUGAAGCAGCGCUCGAUCGCGGUGAUCAGACAAGCGAGAGAGUUGCCCGACCGGGCGGAUGUCAUGCUUGCACGCAUACGGCAGGAAUCGCACCAGUGCACACACAGAGCUGGCCGCCAGCUGGCCGUGAAGACCCGUGAGCUGGGAGAGUUGAAGAAAACCCUGGAGGAAAACAUACGCGGCGUGGCUGCAACGCUUACGCAGGCGAGGAUGGCUCUCUCCAAGGAAGAGGGCCGACUGGAAACGGUCAUGGGAGACAAAGCUCUGCAGGAAACGCAAGAGCGGGUGAAUGAUUUGACAGCUAUGGUGCAGGAGCUGCAGGACAGCCACAAAGCCUUGGUUGAAGAGCUGCGCUGCAAGGUUGCAGCACUCGACAUCGACAACAGUUGCCGCAGGGUGACUCCACAAGCGGCUGCCGAACCUCCCCAGCAGAAGACUCUCCAACAGUCAGCAAGUGCGCCUAACUUCAGGAAAGGUGAGGCUGUCGAAGACCAGGAGCCAGGAUUACCGCGCCACUUGUCCAUGUUGCAAAAGUUUGGCUCGGAUCAUUUUGGAAGACUGCUCCACGUGGUGAUGCCGCCGGUGUCAACCGUGGCACUUGUAGUGGGUGCUGUGGCAGCGGUCUUGCAGGCUGUCACGGUUUUCAAAAUCCUGAUUGUCUUGGCUCCCCGAUGGAGCAACAGCCGAAGCUUUAUGAAAGAAUGGUGUCGGGAGCUUGUGGUGCAGGCGGAGAGGUGGUUGGGAAGGGUGUCGGGCACGAAGAAGCGCAUCAAGGCCUAUCGAGAUGUGCAAAGAGCUAUUCUUCAGCAGUCUUGUAUAUGCUUUAUGGCUGCUGGUGUGUUUCGCUUCAUACGGAUACAGGUCGAACUUAGCGAGGCCACCGAUCCGGUGUACCUGGCUCUGGACAUUCCUGUUCUGGUAGGCUAUUGGACGAUGCUGACGGUGCUGCUGCUGCCAUGUGAGGUUUCACCAUUUGUUUUGGAUACUCUGCAUGCUGGCAUGCAGCUCCUCUGUGCCAUGGCGCACUUCUUUGCAAACGCGGAGGAUGUGGAAGCAGUUGCGUACCUGACCAUCCUCCCACGGCUGGUUUCUGCCUUAUGGGUUCAGUGGGGCUGGAAAGCGCUUAUUGGGCACUGCCUAUGUAGUGGCGUUCUGUGGUGGCGAGAUCUAGACAUGGUCUACAUCGCCUUCGGAUCUUUGUUUUUUUUAAUGACCCUGACCUGCACACUUCAUGGCUCUAUAUCUCUUGCAGCAGAGCAAUCCGUUCAGUUGAAGACCAAGCGUGCCUCAAUGGAGUCAGCGACAACGCUGAUGAGUGGGAUUUGUGAUUGCGUUAUCGAGCUGGAUGCUUCAUUUAGGCUUUUGGAGGACUCUCCACAACUCGGCACAAUGUUAUUCUGCGAGAACUCUGCUUCAACACUGGCGGGCUCGGACUUCCUGGACCUGGUCACGAGCGAGGAUCGCGAGCGAGUAGAGGAUUUCCUGACGAGUAUUCCGGGCACAAGCAAGGUGUCCCCAACGACGACGACCCGCCUGGUCGACUCUGCUCUAACGCCAAUCAAGACGGAGCUUUACCAGAUGAGCUUCACUGGAGUAGACGGAGGUUCUUGCCGAUUGAUAGGCUUCAAGGAGUCACCGGAUUUCACAGGAAGUACUGUGGCCCCUCUCCGGUCGGACAGCGCCACGCUCACAAUGGCGUCGGAAGCAGCACAAGGGCAGUCGGUAAAUAAAGACUACUCAAUCGUUUUCGAUGCUGUGACUUUCGAAAUUCUUGUUGCCAGCGAUGACUUCGAGAAUCUCUUUGCAAAGUGCACUGGCCACUUCGCUGAUUUCGAAAAGAUGAGUAUAUACGACCUGUCACCAGAUGUGGGCGCCACCUCGCUAAGCAGGCGAAUACAGUCAGCAGUGAACUCUUUGGAUAGUGAUCCUCCGGAGCCGCAGCAGGUGCUUGGGAGCUUUAACCUCUUCGGAGUGUGUACGAUGAAAGCCACUUUGGAGCUGGAGCAUGACCCAUCACUUGCUACUCUUGUUGGCACUUUGCGAUGCAAGGAGCACCGUGAGCAGCCCGUCAGAAGGCCUGAAGGCAACGCUGGCUUGCACUCGCCGCAGAACACCGGCAACGGGACCUAUUUGCCCCCGAUUCAGCCGAAGAGCCCCGCCAUAGCGCAGACUUGUGCGAAGAGCCUGUGCCUGCACGAUCCUUCAGGGAUGGAAUUUGCUUUACAUCUCCAGCUCCGCAUGGAGCCGGUGGUUUGCCGAAGCGGUCUUGACGCGUCUGAGCAAGCCAGCCAAAGCUCGCGGAGCACCAGGCUUCCUUCACGUCGUCUGCGCGGCAGACGCAGCAUUCCACUGGCGACGCGUGGCGAGUGGACUUCGCCAGCCAGGCGAGGCAGAUGGGCCAGGAGGUGCUGGCAGCCCUGGCGGCGCCGACAGAGCCAUCUCCAUUCGAUGAGAUGCACAAUCCGGAGGUGCCGUCGGCGCCCACGCCUCGGCGGCCUACGCUUGGAGGCAGCCGUGUCAAAGAGAACAGAGAGGAAGCGCCGCAAGCGAGUGCGGCGCGAGAGGCCAAGGUGGAGGCCAAGGUGGAUUCCGAGGAGAAAGUUGAGGAAAUCUUCGGCCCCUUCAUCGCCAAAGACUGCGCCCGGGAAAAAGUCAUUAUUUUCGGCGGUGAAAGCCCUCAUGCAAGUCACUCGGGAGGAGGAGAAAACUGAAGGGCAGAAGCUAGCACAGAUGCUUGGUGCCGUCGAUCGACGCUCUGCUUCGCCUUCAGUGCAAUCCGACCUCCAAUCCGACCUGCAAAGUCGGCCCAGUGAUCAGACCGACCCGAAUUCAUCCCGGAGAGGGUCGCCAGAGCCAGGCGGGCACCGCAAAUCCAACCCGAACAAGGCUGCCAGGUCACAGACCGCCCUCGUGAAAGCUGCGGCUGCCUUCAAGUCUGCACUCAGUGCAGUUGCAGGUGCAACGGACACGACGACGGGUGGCAACCGGCGCCUCUCGGUCGCCGAGCGUAUGGCGAUGACGUCAGGAUCACGACCCACUGACAAGGACAAGGAGUCAGCAGAGGAGCGUUCGGACGCUCGACAGGAGGGCGAGCAGCGCGAGAGCAGCUGGCGGACCAAUCCAGAAAAUUGUUUGCGACACUUCGUGCGGGAGCAAGUGCUAGCCGACGAGCUGGAAGUAGAAAGAUGUUGGCUCAUCUUAGCACAGCGAUGCGGUGGUCAAGAGGCGGAGGCGAAAAAGCCCGAGACUCCUGUCCCUGAGUUUGCCACGCAGCGGCGGGAGAGGGGUCACGGACGUUGGAAGUGGCAAUCGCAGCCGUUCGAGGCACCCCUUUGUUCUUUCCAAGAACUGGUCAAUGUGGAGAACAAUCCGAUGCCGCUCUCCGAGGCGAUGGAACGAGUCCGAAGCAUGGCCGGUGGUCAGAACUUCACUUGGGAAAGGCUGCAUAUCAGCUUUCCGAUCGUUCUGUGGUACCAGCACAGCUGGGAGAAUGAGAUCAAGAAGUCGAGGACUUCGUGUGUCGUCUCAUUCGUGCACAAGCCUGGCUGUGCCUUUGUUUACCAGCCCACAGUGCCAGUUACGACCCUGUUGAUCGAGCCAAAGCAGCUGUUCCGCCCUAUGUUCCAGUUUGAUCCUCGAUCGUUCCAUACCUUCAAGCUUGCAUGGCGACAUUACUUGGACUUUGGCAGCACCGACUACAGAGUUAUUGUUGGAGGCGAGUUGGAAAGAUGGUGCCAGCGUUGCAAGACUGCCAUUGAAAAGCCCUUCAAUGCGGUUUACUGGCUACUGCUCAUGAUCGGUUCGCACUACCGAGAAAGUUUGGCGAGUCGGAGGGUCGUUUCCAAGCUGGAAGACCCACCAGAACAGGUUCCCAUCAUUUGCAUUGACUCCUUCGUGGCAUUGUCGGCGCUCCUUUUCUCCCCAGAGCGGCAGGUGCUUUAUGCGGGUGUCGAUCCGACCCCAUCGUACCUCCGAUGGUUGCAGUACAUUGGGGAUCAGUACAACUCGAACAAGGCUUCUGGUACGAAGGACAGCCGCACAGUGUUCGAGAUGAACGAAUUUCUUGACUUUCCGGCAAUUAUCAUUUUCUAUGGACGGCCACAGCAUCGGGGUCGAGAGUCUGAACCACUGGCAUGGGUCAACAGCCCAUCCUUGAUCAAAAGCUACAUUGCCAGAUAUUCAGAAGACAACAAAUGUGGCUGCCAACUGGAGCCAGCCGCUCGACUCUACACCUACUCCUGCUCGUUGGGCUGCUGCACCACCAGCACAAGCAACGACGCGGAGAAGGCGAUCAAUGAUGCAGAGAAAUGGUACUGCUGGAAUGGCCUCAAGGUGUGUGAGAUCGGGGUGCCAGUGCCCCACACGCAAGCGUCGUUCUUGUCUCCUUUCGUCACGACGAGGCAAGUAGCCUUCCUGUGUCCGGUACAUGGGCCUGACAGACUCGCGAAGAGCACUUCGCCGCGGUCACACCGCCAAGUCCAUCGCGGUGACAGCAAGAACAGCGUGGCGGCAUCACACUUGGAUGGAGAAGGGGGUGAUAUUGAAGAGCAAACGCGAUCAAGCUCACAGAAGACCAUGUCUCUCGUCUCCAACAUGGACGGUGGCCUGGAGAGUGGCGCUCCAUCGGAAGUCGCAUCUGAAGCCGGGGAUGACGAG